AUGAUUGCAUGCGUGGUGAUAAAUGGAAUAAUAGUGAAGAUUAUAAAUAAGAGGAGUGUGGAGGAGGCAUCGAUGAAAAUGUCAUCCAAUUACACAACGGUGAAGAGUUGUAAGAAAUACUUGAGGGUGAGGUGCGUAGAUCCUACUUACUGGUUGAUGGUACACGCAUGUGCUAUCAGAGAAUAUGGUUGGUUUAAUAUCCAUAAGUAUGUAGGAGAGCAUACUUGUGGCAUUGACCAUGUCAUGGCAAAGCACAAGAAUGUCACUGUGGAGUUCAUUGCCUCACUUAUGUUGAACUUUCUCUUCGACAACAAAGGUCCAAUCCUAAAAGAGAUCAAGAGGAUCGUAUUUAGGGAGCUACAUUACAAGCCGAGCUAUUGGAAGUGUUGGUUAGCAGGCGUCAUUGCGAAGAACAUAGUUCGAGGUAUGCCCGAGCACAAAUAUGCAGUGAUUCUCGCAUUUUCAUAUAUUUUCAAUUGCCUCAAUCCUGGGUCUAUUAAUUUUCUCAUGGUCGAUGAGGAGUCGGGUAGGUUUAUUUACUACUUUAUGGUGUUUGGGGAUUCCAUCCGUGGAUAUGCACACAUGAUAAAGGUCGUUACCAUUGAUGGCACGCAUUUGUCCAGCAAGUACGAGGGCAUGCUGCUGUCCACUGUCGCUCAAGAUAUGCAAAAUCAUAUCUAUCCCUUACUGUAUUGCGUAGUGAAUAAGGAGAACAAUGCGUCGUGUGACUUUUUCUUUAAAAAGCUUAAGGCAUUUGUUGUCGACAAACCAGAGUUGUGCGUUAUCUCCAAAAGACACGUAUGCAUAGAUAAUGGCCUAGAAAGGCAUUAUCUGUUUGUUCAUCACGGUGUUUGUAUGAGGCAUCUCGGUGAAAAUCUCUGA